CCGUAUCGAGAGGUGCGUCGCCUGGCGGACCUGAGCGUUGAAGAGAUGGAAUACUUUGAGGAGACCAUCGCUCGCCUGGCUGCUGCAGAGUACCAGGAGUUUAGAGAAUGCCCUGGGUGUAAGAGCUACGUUGAAAGAAGGAACCUGACUAACCUCUGCGUUCAGUGCUUAGUUUGCGUUGCAGACCAGAAGAAACAGGUCCAGUUCUGCUGGCAGUGCUUGAAGCCGUGGAAAGGUCCGGCUCCACGCUCCGAUCGCUGUGACAAUAACGACUGCAAAAACCACGACCUGGAGCUGCUCAGGACCUGCAAGACCACAUCCUUCCCUGAGGUCCGGGAUGUCAAGGAUUGUCCCUCCAUCAGGGCCUGUCCCACCUGUGGACAGACAGUGGAGCACGACAAGACGGGCUGCAAGAACAUCACAUGUCCUCGCUGCCAGGUGGAGUUCUGCUUCGUGUGUCUGAAGCUGACUCCUGAGUGUCUGAAGACCAGCUCCUACUUCAUCCCCUGCAGUGCUGGUGUGGCUCCCAGACAGACAGCCAUACCUGUGUGGCACAGGAANUUCUAA